GAGCGGGGUUUCCUCGGAUCAGUAGACGAGAUCUGUAUCUUUGAAUCAGUAAAAAAUCAACCUUCUUUAAUGAUUUAUGACAAUACUGUGUAGUGCAUGACGAGCCAAGUGUGAAAUGAUAUCACAAAGCUACAGUUAUUCUCUUCCCUGAUUAUUUAAACUUUGACCGUAGCUACUCGUGUUAUUUAUUUACUUCGUGGUAAACGUUAGAUUAAUCAAAGUGAUUAGGAAGCCUUAACCUGAUACUUUGACAUAGAUGUUGCAUACCGUAGAUAACCGUAGAGUUAUGAAAUUUAGAUAACCAUCACAAGCAGGAUAGAAAUGUGUUAUCGAUGAUAUUUCAAAGGAAAAAGAAGAUCGAUAAAAGCAAAAAAACCGCAGGGGCUGUAAGCGAUAAAAAAGGAGAAGCCGAAACAGGAAAAGAAACUGCCGGUGAAAAAAACGAAAAAAUUAAAGACGAAGACGAGGACAAAGGAAAGUCUGAAGCAACGAAACCGAAAGGUCGAGCUGAAAAGGACGCAACAAAGACGAAAACUAAGAAAAAUAGGAAGCAGAAAAAGAGCAUCACAGAAGAUUCCGAUUCUGACAUAUCCAUUCGUUCGAUUGAUAGCGAAGUCUGUGCCGCAGGUUUGGCCUUGACAAAAGAGGAUAAAAAGAAAAUCGAAGAAAACCGUCGCAAAGUUCACCCACCACCGGAAAAAACAGACGCGAGCGCAAAAGCUGAUGAAAAUAUAUAGAGAAAACAAGUUGCAUCGAGAUGGUAGCAACACCAGAGGAGCUGCGGACGAUCAUCUGGUCGGAUGAAACUAUAAACUUGCGGGCGGUGAGCUACUCCGAUUGUGAGUCACAGAAAUUGCGUAAAAACCCACUAUAAGAUGCUGCGGCUGAACACAAGGGCCAACCCUCCGCCGUCGUUACUACACGCUAUAUCGCCAUCAAGGAUCAACCAGGAGCAAGGCCGAUGCGUGCGUAGUUCUUUCAUCGCUCGAGGCGGUAUUUUAAUUCGGCGAGACAGUUAGCAUAGAGGAAAUUCCAUCGAAACUGGACAGGGUUCGGCGAACUUGACCUUGAAGGGGAAAUGCAGAAACGACAAGCGUCCGUGAAGCCCAUCUUCCGAGGCCGAUACUCGUUAAGUCGUUCGGUGAAAUUACAUCCCUCGAGGAAAUAAUUGUGGUAGUUCCUCCCUGAAACGAUCAAGAGGAUCAGCCUUCACGACCGCAAGGAUCACGAGGUAUCGGUACACUGGAGCGUUUGGGGGGAAACAGUUCUCUCAAAUGUUUUAUGGGUAGCUGACCAAGUUUAUUGAGUUUGAGAAAUAUCAGAAAUUUGUGAAAAAAUGUAUUUUCUACCUUGUACGCUCAUAAAUCAGUUUGUUCAAGUUUUAAAUUGUCAUUGUCUUUCCAACCCGAACCUUUUUUUAUAAUCCAGAAGUACGAUAGAAGCACGUCAUUCAUAAAUGUGUUUGUUACUUGUGAAAUUCAGACGACACCGUGCCUUAUAUUAGGUAUCAAACAUACUGCCAGAGUAUCCUACAAUGAGAAAAACAAGAACUUUAUACGCGUUGUUUGUUUAAUAAAGUAUUAAUUCUCCUCGAUGGUAAUGCACGCGUCGAACGAAGUCUCGUCAUGGUCGUUCUGAUCAUAAUAUUCUUUUUCUUGUUAUAACUUAUCAGAGCUGGUUGUCGGGUGAAAAACUUUGUCUUCAGACGCGUGCAGGGGAUUUCGGAUUUCCCUACUUUUUUGUCUCUUUCCACGACGCGUACAUAAGAUGAAGAUUUUUGCGUGGAAUAGAUGUUUUAAGAUAUGCAAUCGAUAGAAAUAUCGAUAAAUCAAUAUAACUGGGCAUUUUUUGUUUCACGUUCAUAUGUCAAAUCCCUUAUAUCACAUCGCAUACCGACCUAGAAUACACGUCGUUAUGCGUCGAUCCACAUUAUCAAGGUUGAAAAUAAACUGAUUCACAAUAAGUGUCGGGGUAUACCCAUCGACGGAAUAGUCCGAACACGGAUAUUUUGAAACACUGCCAAUAAUAUGAAAUUUCAAGCGUAUUUUCUGAUUCGCCAGAUACAUAUCGUCUGGUCAUUGAAAUAUGGAGGCAUUAUACUUUUACGUUACAUCACGCAAUUCACUUAUACGGAUGAACAUAAUGAUAAUGGCGUCUCCUAUUCACCUAUUCGCGAAUGAACAUCGGAAUAUAACUUUGUCUAAUGUAUACGAAACUCGAUGACUAAACGAGGACGCGUGAAUGUCUUGUGUAAUUCAUGCUGCGUUUAAUGAAAUAUAUAAACAAUUCUCUAAUAUUCGAUUAUGUGACGUGAAGAUACCGGUCGAUGUUUGCCAUCUACCACCAUCAUACUUUUACUGCAAUUACCACAUAACAGCAAUUAUUCUAAUAUCCGCAGGUGCUACGUGAGUCUUAAAAUUUAUGACCGGAAUUUCCGAAAAAUGCUGGUUUUACCGGAAGAUAGUUAGUUGCUAAAAGUGGGUUUACGGAAAGUUCCUAUAUAUCUCGUUCAUUAAUCAAUGAUUUGAUUUUCUUCCAUUUUAAAAACCGUUAGCAGAGACUAUUCGCGAUGAUAUACCUACCUUUGUAAUGGUGAAACAUUUUUCGCACACCGAUACAUAAAACUCUUCGCGUUCAAAAAAAUUACUCUCUUUUAUCGGAAAAAAAUCUAAUAUCUUUGUCACAAAUGUCACGAUGAACCUUGAUACGUGUUGUACAAAGACCCGCGUCGUGUUACAUUGCGAGAACUCACGGGAAAGCAAUUAAAGAAAAAAGAAAUUGAAACGGAUUGCUGAUCGGUAUAUCAUACACAUGUAUAUUCUACAGACACCUGGUGAAAUGGAGAUGGAACAAAAUGACGAUUGCUAUAACCGAUACGAUGUCACGUAGAAUUCAGGUUAUCAUGAAACUGCAUUCACUAUGUUGUUAUUAAUCAUUCUCGAACUGAAUGUCAAUGUAAGUGAGCGGAUAUUAUGAGUUCAAUUAUAUAUAUCACAAAAUGCACUCGAACUUUAUUAUACGGAAAAUUACGCAACUGCACAUCUUCCACUCACACAUUCUCCGAGUAAAUGCUUGGGACAGAA